UGAUUUCCGGCAGGGACGCUGUGCGUGGUGACGUCACUGUGGCAGUGCUGACUGGCUCGUAGGGCAGCUGAGGUCUCUCGGCACCAUGAGUACUAUGUUCGCGGACACCGUGCUCAUCGUGUUCAUAUCGGUGUGUACGGCGCUGCUGGCGGAGGGUAUAACAUGGGUUUUAGUUUACAGAACAGAUAAAUACAAGAGGUUAAAAGCUGAAGUGGAAAAGCAAAGUAAAAAAUUGGAAAAGAAAAAGGAAGCUAUAACAGAAUCUGCUGGCCGCACACAGAAGAAAAAGAUAGAACGUCAAGAGGAGAAGCUGAAGAAUAAUAAUCGUGAUUUGUCUAUGGUCCGGAUGAAGUCCAUGUUCGCUAUAGGUUUCUGCUUCACGGCUUUGAUGGGCAUGUUCAAUUCAAUUUUUGAUGGUCGUGUUGUGGCAAAACUUCCAUUCAUCCCCCUAUCCUAUAUACAAGGGCUAUCGCAUAGGAACCUGCUGGGAGAGGAUUAUACUGACUGCUCCUUUAUUUUCCUCUACAUACUUUGCACUAUGUCUAUCCGGCAGAACAUCCAGAAGAUGCUGGGACUUGCCCCUUCCCGGGCUGCUACCAAGCAGGCCGGAGGAUUCUUGGGACCCCCUCCACAAGCCGGAAAGUUCUCCUAGUGGAUCUGCAAGUCAUUAAAUGGACAAUCGCUCCCGCACACCCGUGUGUAAAAGCCAUCGACUUCACUUUUCAACCGAUUUCUAAACUCGCACACACUUUUUUUUUUUUUUUUUUUUUAUUUUUUU